GCCUUCACAAAUUCGUUAUCUUCGUUAUUCGCCUUGGUGGGCUUGGUGGGUGUGUCUUAAUCGGUCCUAAUAGUCGUCAUCGGUCAUCGUCGGCUCAGCAGGUAGCAGCUGUUAGGCAGUGACAUUGUCAUAGGUGUUUGGUGUGUUCUUGCCUGCCCCAUCAUUUUAGUUUUUAUGAGGUUGUGUGAUUGCAGAUCACUAUGAGCUCUCAACAAUACUACCCAUUCAAGUGUACUCCUACUGUGUAUCCUGCAGAGCCUUUUGACGCUAAUGCUGAUGCGGCAACCCUCCGGAAGGCUAUGAAAGGAUUUGGUACAGAUGAGCAAGCCAUUAUUGAUGUUUUGUCUAAAAGAGGAAUAGUGCAAAGGCUGGAAAUUUCAGAUGCCUUCAAAACUCUGUAUGGAAAGGACCUUGUCAAAGAACUUAAAAGUGAACUUGGAGGAAAAUUUGAAGAUGUAAUUGUAGCACUCAUGACACCACUGCCCCAGUUCUAUGCAAAGGAACUUCAUGAUGCAGUCAGUGGAGCUGGAACAGAUGAAGAGGCCAUCAUUGAGAUACUGUGCACACUCAGCAACUAUGGUAUUCGCACGAUAUCAGCAUUUUAUGAAAAGUUGUAUGGGAAAUCAUUAGAGAGUGAUUUGAAAGGUGACACCUCUGGCCAUUUCAAGAGACUUUUGGUCUCUUUAUGCAUGGCUAAUAGAGAUGAAACCCAGACUGUGGACCCAUCAGCCGCAAGAGCUGAUGUACAAGCAUUAAUAGCUGCAGGGGAGAAAAAACAAUGGGGCACAGAUGAAUCUGUCUUCAAUUCUGUGCUAGUGACAAGGAGCUAUCAGCAGCUCCGUCAGACGUUCGUGGAGUACGAACAACAGACAGGUCAUGAUAUUGAAGUAGCAAUCAAGAAAGAGUUUUCAGGAAGCAUUGAAAAGGGAUUACUUGCUAUAGUGAAAUGUGUUAAGAGCAAAGUUGGAUUCUUUGCUGAGCGUCUCCAUGACAGCAUGGCUGGCGUAGGCACCAAGGACAAAACAUUGAUCCGCAUCAUUGUGUCACGCUCUGAGAUUGAUUUGGGUGAUAUCAAGAAGGCAUUUGAAGAGAAGUAUGGGAAGACACUCAACAGUUUUAUAUCUGGUGACACUUCUGGUGAUUACAAGAAGGUUUUGUUGGCACUGGUGAAUUAGAAGACUCAGCUGCAAGAUGGCAAUCACAGUCUACAGAUCUGAAGCAGUAUAUGCUAGUAGUCUUCAUUUACAGAUAAAUAUUUUGUAACAGUGCCUAAUUUGUUGAACUUCAAGACAGUUCAGGUUUGUGUACAUUCUAAAAGACUGGUGCUUCAGCACAUCGUUUUUGACUGGCCCAAAUUUUUCUCUUUUAUAUAACCACAUCUCAUUAAUGCAGAUAUUAUGCUCAAAUACAAAGUAAUGUGCCCUACAGCACUGCAGUACUAGCAGUUAACAAACGUAAAGCUGUUAAUACAUAAGUAUUACAUAAUUCCUGGAAUAGUAGGACACACAUAUUGAAGGUUUUUACUGUUGCCUUUGUUACAUUUUUCCUUCAAGAAACUAGGAAGUAAUUAAAAGAGGCUUUAAAUAAUUCUGUUUCAUCUGCAGAGGUCACUGAAGUCCUACACGGUGUGGAGUUGAAUGUGGGUAUGUGAAUUGUGUUUGUAAUGUACCUACAGUAUGUAUGGUAUGGCCUUUCAGAGGCAAGGUUGAGGAGAACACAAGGACACUUAUAAAGGGCUUCACACUGGAUAUGUAUGGGUCCCAACUGUAUUUGAUUUUUAAUAGAUAGUGCACUUCCAGAGCAGUUCUGGGGCCCAACCAGCAUCCUAUUCAAUGGGUAUGGGGGGUUGUUUCCCCGGGGGUAAAACAACCGGGGCA